CUUGUAGUUCUAAUUUUGGUUACAGUCCUUUUUAUUUCAUAAUUAGAGCCGUAAAAUAAUUUUGCAGUCGUAAAUUUAUUAUACUUAGGCACUGACCCAAGGGUAGUUUUACACGUUCUUGUUCAUAUGCGUACCUGAACAUAAGUGUGCAUAUAUACUUAUGUUCAAACACCUAGAACAGUGCUUGUGUUCUGUAUUUUUUAUAUUGAAAUUAUUCAAAAUAUUUUUAUAUUUGACGAAUGUUAGAGAUAUGUGAGAACACAUGAACUUACUGCCAAUUUCCCUUUUCCAUUCAUGUUUAUCAAUUAGGUGAGCACUUUUUUUUUUAAAGCAUUUAAUUAAGCUUCAGGUUUGCACAGAUGUUCAUUUUCACGAAUUCUUAAAUGAUGUAAGGUAUUGUCGGAGUUCUUAGAGUUCUAAACAUUAUAUUGCAGUUAACAUAUGCAAUGGGAUAUCUGUGUGAUGCAUGUGCCUCCAUAUUACAUCCAUUUUAUUUAAAACAAGAUUCUAUUCAGCACGUGUUAAGUCUGGUAAUUAUUGUUAACUUUUUGUUAUGUAUGUAAGUUUCACGAGGAAAGGGAAUUUUGUGAGUAAUUGUUAAAGCUUUUCUCCCUUUAAUCACUUCCUACUUGUCCAUUGCUCACAAUAUGGUUCAGAAAAACGAUGUCUCAGCUAAGUAUCUGGCUUACUGUUAAUAACGAGCUUAAAAGCUUUCUAAAAACUGAACAAAGCUGGCGGAGCACAAAAACAUACAGAAGAAAUACAUUUGGGGAAGAAAUACUAUCUUAUGAGCAAGCAGCUGGAGUUAUUUCUGAACGUGUAGCAGAUGUGUCUCCAGAAGGAGGAUGCCAUUUAGAGUGAGUGUUUAUAAAAAAUGUUGGAUGAUGACGAAGUGACCGAAUGAAUGCAAGAUAUGUGGACUGAGUCUUGAAAGACCCUCUCUGACUCUUCUUUCAAGCUACAACAACAAAAACCUUGUGCAGUAUUGUAGCCACAGAGAGCAUUAUGAGUUCAAAGGAGAAUACACAUUGUCAAAACAGGAUGAAGUUGACCAGUGAAAAGUUGCCCAAGAACCCCUUUUAUACCGCUCUCUCCCAGUAUGGUGCUAAGAACUCAAAAUUCUUCCAGUGGAGGAAGGAAAAGACUGAUCGUUACGGCCAUGCUAAUUUGGUGGAUAAGGCAUUGCAGCUCUUGAAGGAAAGAAUAAGACGGGGGGAUGCUAUGGCAUAUUUCCUACGAGGUCAACUGUAUUUUGAAGAGGGAUGGUAUGAAGAAGCAUUAGAACAGUUUGAAGAAAUCAAGGAAAAAGACCAUCAAGCAACUUACCAGCUAGGAGUAAUGUAUUAUGAUGGGCUGGGGACACCUACAGACGCUGAAAAAGGAGUGGAAUACAUGAAGAAAAUCAUCCAUUCUCCAUGUCCCAAAGCAAGACACCUACAAUUUGCAGCUGCCUACAACCUUGGAAGAGCUUACUAUGAAGGGAAAGGUGUCAAACGAUCAGAUGAGGAAGCUGAAAGACUGUGGCUUUUUGCUGCAGACAAUGGAAAUCCAAAAGCUAGUGUGAAAGCUCAAAGUAUCCUAGGAUUAUAUUAUUCCACAAAAGAACCCAAAGAAUUAGAAAAGGCAUUUUAUUGGCAUUCCGAAGCGUGUGGCAAUGGAAAUCUGGAGUCCCAGGGUGCACUUGGGCUGAUGUAUUUUUACGGACAAGGCAUCCGCCAGGACCCUGAAGCUGCCUUGCAGUGCUUAAGGGAAGCGGCAGAACGUGGAAACGUCUAUGCUCAAGGGAAUCUCGUGGAGUAUUACUAUAAGAUGAAAUUUUUUACUAAGUGUGCUACAUUUUCCAAAAGGAUUGCUGACUACGAUGAAGUUCAUGACAUCCCUACGAUAGCCCGGGUCACGGACUGUCUCCCGGAAUUCAUCACCAGAGGCAUGGCCAUGGCAUCUUUCUACCACGCCCGAUGUCUUCAUCUUGGCUUGGGGGUCACAAAGGAUGAAGCGACAGCGAAACACUACUAUUCUAAAGCGUGCAGUCUGAACCCUGCAUUGGCAGAUGAACUUCACUGUUUACUUAUACAUCAAAGAAUUUAGAUCAUAAUGCAUUUCAACAAAGACCAUCAACCCUGGCACCUUAGAACGGGUCUCCUUGCCAUGUCGCACCAUCAACAGUAUUUCAUAUUUAACAUUAUAAUCAGACGACUUGGAAACAGUCUGCUUUGCUGAAGUACGAAAACUAAGCAGUCACACAAAAAGGCGACGCGCAUCUGGUCUGAGAGAAGGACGGACUGCGCGCUGGAGGCACGGGUUUUCCCUUUUCUUUUACCAAACUGAACAACUGAACAGUCAGAUGACAAUGAAGCACAGUACAUAACUGGGUGCGUUGAAGAUUUUUAUUAUACCAUGCCGGGCAUUCUGCUGUCCAACGAGGCUCUGAAGCGUAUCUGAAAAAUCAGGAUCAGAACCUAGGCCUCACCUGGAAUGUUCUCAAGCAGCUUCUGCUGUGCUCUCUGUUUUGUUUCCUGACUUUGUUCUUCGCUUCUGAUUGUGGUUGGAGGCGCCAAUUUCCCAUGUGGCCAAAAAGCAUCCCGGAAAACGUUGAUGUAGUAAACCAACAUUUGCUCACUGAAAAUCCAGUUCACGGUGUCCCGGAUUUGUCUUUUAAGAGAAAAACGUUUCUUGGAUGACGUUUUGAAAAAUGUUAUCCUCUGUUCUCGCAAGGCAUUUAUCAGUGGGUAGGUUAAGAUACAGCCUGAUCUACACGUUUGAUGAAUAAACUAGGAAUUGAAUUUUUAAA